CUGGUGGAUUGUUGAGCUCUCAAUCUGCGGAUGAGUUUGUAGCUCUCAGGCCUUUGUGAUAAUAUAUUUGUAUGGUCUUUAUUUGUUUGAUCCUGCUCAAGUGAUAUAUUUUGUUGUGUUGGGUGUUAGUUUACACACCUCAUCGGCAUCAUAUAUAGACUACAAUCCUAGGAAAAAAACAACACAAAAAGAUUCACAACAGCUGAGAAAUCCAGGCUCAAAAGUAGGGCUGCACAUCGCUUGGUUUAAAAUAGCACGCCUGAGGCGCGCAAAGGCGCUAGGUGCCCCAAGGCAUUUACUUUAUCGCAUCUUACACCCCCAGGCGGUGUAGGUUCUAAGAGGCGCGCCUUAUAUGGCGCUUUUUAACGCCUUUUGCGCAUCUGGGUGGAGUGCGCUUCUCACACUUCAUGGAACUGUCUUGGCGAUUCAGUCUCUUUGGUCUUCUUCCUUUUUCCUUCUGCGUUGGCUUUGCUUCCUGACUCCGACACGGCAGGGGCGGAACCAGGGGGGUGCUAGCCGGUGCUGGCGCCACCCCUUCGCCGGAAAUAGUAGAGUAUAUAUAUGUAUAUGUUUCAUAGCCACCCCUGUUCUUCUUGUUCUUGUCCCUCUGUUUUCCCGUCGCCGGUGGAACUCUGCGGGCUUUAGCUGAGAAAAUCUUUUGUUUUUUAUUUACUUAAUCCCAACGACGCCGUUUGGAUAAGAGUCUCUAAAAAAAUAAAACGACGUCGCGGCACGUGUUUGACUUAUGGACAGAGACCGUAGGCUUAAUUUAUCGACGUUAUCCGGCCAAAUUGUCUAAACCCAAAUCUGAACGCGAGAGCAAUUAGCAAGGGAUGGAGUCUGGCUGUUUGGAGUUCUGCAACCGAUUAAGAUUUUGGUGACUUCUACGGCGUAAGGAUUGGCCGGAGGCUGAAGGGGUGAAGCCUCAAGCAUCUCUACCUCAUCUACAAACGACAACUACAGUAGGAUCCGUUUUUUAGACGAUAUGAAUACCCCAUGUUGGCAAGACGUAUUACGAAGCCUGAUGAAGCAUCAAGAUGUUGUGAAUUGAAGGAAAGUGCCUAUUGUCCAAGUUUCACAGCAAAGCCGCCUACAGAAUCUAUAUUGGCCACACCAGAAUUGACCAUCAUUCAUGCGGGUGAGAGUGAAGAUGAAUCUGAAAGUAGCAAUGACUGCAGCAACCUUAGUCUGAGCAUACCUUCUCCACCACCAUAUGACGAUAUGGAAUAUUAUAAUCCUUCACCUUCCCCGCCUAUUUCACCUCAGAAGUUUCAGAAAGAAAUGAAAGAGCUGCGUAGAAGGGCUGAAGAGGAGCACGGGGCUUGUCAUGUGAAAGAGGGUGGUCAGUUCCGUGAGAUACACUAUAGGGCUGCAAAAGAAGCUCUUGAAUGGUACAACUGCAAGAAUGGAACACAGUUCAAGUUACUCAAGAUGGUGGAGGUGGAUUUUGCUGCUGGAAUAGUUUUCUUUAUCACCAUGAAGGCAGUGGAUGAUAAUGAUCCUACUGGUUCCCCAGUCACCUUCUUGGCCAAGUAUUAUCACAGUGUGUUCGAUUCAGACGAUGAGGUUAUGGAAUGUGAUCCUAAAAGCUAAUUGACUGCCUCUAGGACAUGCAAAGGGACUCUGUGCUCUACAUCUUUUAAUCCGUUAUCUAUCAACCCCAAUAAGGUUAUCUGAAUUCCUUUAUUUACUGGAUGCACUCAAAGCAUCAUGAAUAUUUAAUUUGAUUUUGAGCCAUGUUUAUUUCGAAUAUAUCAGGAUUAAAAGACGAUAUGGUGAUGAAUGUUGUGCUUGUGCUUGCGCUUGCGCUUGCGAUUUAUUUAUGAUAUAAUUAUUGGAAAAAUCAUUUAUAGUAAAAGUAUGUAGUGUUUCUAAA